AUGAUGGCCGCAGGUUUGGCCGCGACCGGCACUGGCAUCACGCUCACGGCGCUGGCUGACGCUGACGACUCGGCAGCGCUGUACGCGUCCGUGUCGCUCACUGACGAUGGUUCUGGAUACGAUGACGACGACGAUGGUGAUGAAAACGACGAUGGCAAUGACGAUGAUGAGGACGAUGAUGAGGACGAGGACGAGGACGAUGAUGAGGACGAGGACGAGGACGAGGACGAGGACGACGAAGACGACCUCCUGCCCACCACCCUCGACGAGCGCAGCUGGACCAUGACAGCGACGCAGCAAGGCGGCGAGCAGUGA